UCGUUUGUCACUGCCGUAGCCGCAACUCCUGACUACUGAGUCGCCCCUUCCCCAUGGUCCUGGGCAGGAGUCCUGACAGCGAAGACUCGCUCGCUAGUACCCCAUCAUGUCCGAACUGACUAAAGAGCUGAUGGAGCUGGUGUGGGGCACCAAGAGCAGCCCUGGUCUCUCCGACACCAUCUUCUGCCGCUGGACUCAAGGGUUUGUGUUUAGUGAAUCCGAGGGAUCUGCAUUAGAACAGUUUGAAGGUGGCCCCUGUGCUGUUAUUGCACCUGUUCAGGCAUUUCUUUUGAAGAAGCUCCUGUUUUCUUCUGAGAAGUCAUCUUGGAGGGAUUGCUCAGAGGAAGAGCGGAAGGAACACCUUUGUCAUACGUUGUGUGAUAUACUAGAAAGUGCUUGUUGUGACAACUCUGGAUCAUACUGCUUGGUGUCAUGGUUGAAAGGAAAGGCAACUGAGGAAACUGCUAGUAUUUCUGCAGGUCCUGCAGAGUCCAGUUGCCAAGUGGAAUCUUCUUCUGCCUUGGCUGUCGAAGAGCUUGGCUUUGAGCGAUUUCAUGCAUUAAUUCACAAGAGAUCAUUCAGAAAUUUAUCAGAAUUAAAAGAUGCUGUCUUGGACCAGUAUUCAAUGUGGGGAAACAAAUUUGGAGUAUUGCUUUUUCUAUAUUCUGUAUUACUGACAAAGGGUAUUGAAAACAUAAAAAAUGAAAUUGAAGAUGCAAGUGAACCUUUGAUAGAUCCUGUAUACGGACAUGGAAGCCAAAGUUUAAUUAAUCUCCUGUUGACUGGACACGCUGUUUCUAAUGUAUGGGAUGGUGAUAGAGAAUGCUCAGGAAUGAAACUUCUUGGUAUACAUAAACAAUCAGCUAUAGGCUUCUUAACAUUAAUGGAGGCUUUAAGAUACUGUAAGGUUGGUUCUUACUUGAAAUCUCCAAAAUACCCUAUUUGGAUCGUUGGCAGUGAAACUCACCUCACCGUAUUUUUUGCCAAGGAUAUGACUUUAGUUGCCCCUGAGGCACCUUCAGAACAAGCCAGGAGAGUUUUUCAAACCUAUGAUCCAGAAGAUAAUGGGUUCAUACCGGAUUCACUUCUAGAAGAUGUGAUGAAAGCGUUGGACCUUGUUUCUGAUCCUGAAUAUAUAAACCUCAUGAAGAAUAAAUUAGAUCCAGAAGGAUUAGGAAUCAUAUUAUUGGGUCCAUUUCUUCAAGAGUUUUUUCCUGAUCAGGGCUCCAGUGGUCCAGAAUCUUUUACUGUCUACCACUACAAUGGAUUGAAGCAGUCAAAUUAUAAUGAAAAGGUAAUGUAUGUAGAAGGGACUGCAGUUGUUAUGGGUUUUGAAGAUCCCAUGCUACAGACAGAUGACACUCCUAUUAAACGCUGCCUCCAAACCAAAUGGCCAUACAUCGAAUUACUCUGGACCACAGAUCGCUCACCUUCUUUAAACUGAUUUGCCUAUGUAUUUUCAUAAUAGCAGAUGUUGAACGAGGGACUCAAGACUGGCAAGUGGCUAAAUCAAGCUGUACACUGGUAUCACCGAUUAACUGUAAAUAACAAUUAAAAAUACUUUUUUCAGUAUUUAAAAUAUGUUUAAAUUAUUUUAAAGAUUUAUGUUAAAGAUUAUCCUAUCUUGACCCUUUAUGUGAAAUUUACUAGCAAUUAAACAUUAAUCAAAUUUCAUUGCAUUUGCAGUCAGAUAAUUUUUCAUUUAUUUAGUAAAUUACAAACAUCAUAAUUUAGCAUUUGUAUGUUGAAUCAAAAUUACUAUUUAUAAAUUUCUAUUUCUAGGUUUUAUUUCAGUCAGACACAUUCUAUAAUUUAAAUGAUUUUAACUUGCAAUGUUUCAGCUUCAACUUUUACAUUGCACAGAGGUCAGUUUUGCUAUUUCUUUUGUAGUAUAUUUUCCGUUAGAAAUAUUAAAUAAAAACUUACCAGCCUGGAUCCUUUGGCAAUUGGUUUAGCUCUGGCAUGUUUCACAAAAAGUAGACACAAGGGGGGAACAUUACCAUUUACUCACAAUAUAUAAGGGAUACCUUUUAAAAAUUAGUAGGAAAGAAAAUCUGUUUGAUAGUCUUAACACUGUUAACUUUCACUGUAUUGCCAAAUACACUUUUCCAAAUUCCUCCCACCAGCCCUGUAAGCCAGCUUCCUUUUAUAUUUGUAAAUGUGAUCAAUGCAUGAGAAUAUCUGUUACUACAUUAGUAUAUUGCAUUAUUUAUUAAGACCCUAAUUGAUGACCUAAAUAAACACUUUUCUUUUUCUUUAAA